CCCCUUCCUUCCCCCCCCGCUCCGGGAGGGCCCUGAGGAGGCGCCGGUGGCAGCGGGGCACGGCCGCCGCCCGGCCCGGCUUGUUCUUCCGCUCGGCCUCCCCCUGCUCCCGGGCCCUUAUGCCUUGGCAAAGCCGUCCCUUCAUCCGGCCGCGUCUCGCUGCCGCCGCUCGUGUCCCGGGGUGCCGAAUAAACCAGGGUAUCGGGGGGGCAAAGGCAAGAAACGGCCCUGGCGUUCGUCCUGCUGGCCCUGAGAACCCCCGUGGCGCUCCUUGGACAAUUCGAGUCUCCUUGUUUUGUGAGCGAGCCGGUGAAACUCUCACCCAAGUAGCAGUAGUAAGGAAGUCCUUGCUCGUCUAGCAGAAGGAUGAGGCUGUAUCAGCCACGGACCUUUCUGCAGAAGAGGAUGGGUCGUUUAUGAAAAUAUCCAAAGCUGUUCAUGUUUCCGAUUGUAGACAAAGUACAUUUAAUUAUUGAUGCUCCUGUAACUGCUAAUUGUUGGGGUUUAGUUCUUUAGGAACCCACGUAACUCUUGCAUGGUGGUGUUAAAUUCUGAAUAGUUUGGAGAGCUCCGAAAUAAAGGAAACAAAAUCACAUGGACAUGCUAACAUCAAUUACUGUGUUACAUAUUCACUUGAAAAAGCAGAAGUAUCAAAUCACUUUUAUUACUGUUGUGUGAAUCUGGAUUUAACAGCUAAUUAAUUUGUGGUCAUGCUGAAUAGAAAAUGGAGCAGGAGAUAGAGUGGCUGGGCAGGGUAUGUGAAGUAGUAUGUUAGGACCGCUCUAAAAACUUUCAUUCAGAUAUCAUUUCAGUAACUGUGGUACAUCAAUAACAUCUUUACUGAAAGAGAAGAACCAAAGAAGAUACUUGGAAAUCAGAAGAACUUAGGAAACAUCUUAGGGCAUCACAACCAGAUAGUCAAAAUGAAGACCAAAAGCACAGAGAAAAGAAACUGCAGAAAGAGAAGUCUGUUUAUGACACAGACACUCAUAAACAUGAACGCAAAGACAGAGGGAAGAGCAAGGAAAGAACGAGAGAGAGAGAGAGGUUUAAAUCUGGUGAAAGGGACAGGGAUAAAAUGAGAGAGAGAGAAAGGGGAAAAGAGCACCAGAGGGAAGGAGACCGAGAGAGAUACAAAGCUAAACUUCAAGAGUCAAGUUUGGAGAAGGAAAGAUACAGUGUACCAAAAGAUAAAGACAGGGAGAGUGAUAGAGAACGAGACAAAAAGCAUAAAAGACAUGAGAUAAAGCAAAUAGAUACACAAAAUAAUCUGAAAUCGUUUGAAGGAAGGGAUAAAGAAGAACAUCACAGAAGAGAAAGCAGGCAUCAUUUGGAGGAGGAGAAAAGAAGAAGUAAAGAGCGAGAAAGAAGAUAUACAGAAAAGAAGGAUAAUGAUACCAAAAAGAGCAUUGACAAAUUUUUAGCCUGCAAAGUUGAAGAAGCUGAACGUGUACACAAGUUACAGAAAGAUCAAGAGUUGGAUAAAGAGGGAGAAAGAAGACACAGAGAAAAAAAAGAACAUUCUGUUAGGUCGGGAAAAGAGAGGCUUUCAAAAGAGAGAAGUCAUAAAAGUUAUGAAAAGCAAGAGGAAGAAAAACAUAAAUCAAAGAGAUCUAAAGAGGGAUCUUCCUAUGGAGACAGAGAAGGGCAACCAGCAGAAGCUAAUGAGAGAGUAAAAAGUAGAGAAGAUGAAAGAAAGAAGUGUGAUCUAAGGAACAAAAAAGAGGAGAGGAUUCAAGAAGAAACGAGCCAUCAGUGUGUAAGGACUGUAAAAGGUAAAGGAAAACUCAUUGAAAAAGAGGAAAGAGACACAAAACAAGAGGAAAUGAAAGAUACACGCACCUAUAAUUCAGACAUGGGUUUUGAUAACUUUUCAGCAAAUUAUGAAGAUGAUUUUGAAGAUUAUGAAGAUGAUUUUGAUGAUGAUGAAGACAAAAGUGGUGAAGAAAGAGAUGCAGAAGAAAACCUAAGAGAGAUUCCAUUUUCCAAAAUAUCAGAAAUUGAAGAAAUUCAAAGAGCAAUUAGUGCAGAAAAUGAUAGAAUUUGUACUUCACUGCCAAAGAAAACUGAAAAUGAAAAAAAGGAACCAAUCAUGGAAAGGCAAUACCCUUCUGUCAGAAACUCUUUUUGUGGAAUAUUCAUGGAUUUUCAAAUGGCAAACCAACGACAGAGUAGCCGAAGUAUGGCUAGUAAGCAGAAAAAACGGAGUUCAGAACUUCUCCCACUAAUUGAUCUGGACUUCUCAGUUAGUUUUUCUUUAUUGGAUUUGCCUCCUGUAAAUGAGUACGACAUGUAUAUCAGGAAUUUUGGUAAAAUGAACACUAAGCAGGCAUAUGUUCAGUGUAACGAGGACAAUCUGGAGAGAGACAUUCAGACUGAGGAAGUUGAGACAUUGGAGAAAUGGACACAGCAUCCAGGAGAAAGUGCCCUUGUAUCUGGAGGUCCCAUAGACAGCCAGAACGUGUCAAUGAAUGGAGCUCUAACACCUAAAAUUGAUUCACAAAAAUUAGCAAAUUUCCUCCGGUCUGCUUGCCAGGUGAUUGCUGUUUUGCUAGAGGAAGAUCAAGUUGCAGCACAACCCAGGUGGAAACUAAGAUCUCGACAAACCAGUCUGUCUAUUAGUGAUAGCUGUUUCCAGUUAAAUACUAACCAGCCAUUCCUCCAUGACCGAAAAAUAUCCUGCCUACACGUUUCUCAAGUUCAGAGGCAGACACUACUUUCUGUUCAUGGAUUACCUGAAAAGGCAGGUGUUGGUUUACUGGACAGAAAGAGCAUCAUAUGCGUUUGGAACAUCUGGCAGCCCUCCAGUCCUCAGAAGAUUUUAAUAUGUGACUCAGAGGUGAUAUGUUGCUGCUUUAGUCCCAAUAAAACAACGUUAGUUUUUGCUGGAACAAUAGAUGGUUCAUUGUUGGUGUGGGAUCUUCGAGAAGACUCCAGAAUGCACCCUCGUAUGGUGAUCAGUGAAACUGACUGGACAUUUAGAGUUCCAACAUUUUCCACUGACGGUAUUCUAAACUCAGUAAACCACACAUCUCCUAUACUAGCUGUGGAACCUGUCUCAACCUCUCUCUACGCUGAUCAGAGUUAUGGGUUCUCAAGCCUCUCUUAUCAGGAGGAAAUGUCAGGCCCUCCAUUUCAGAUAGCUUCAAUGGAUGAAAAUGGAAUCCUCAAUAUGUGGGUAGUUGUUGAAUUACAAAAAGUGGAUUUAGCUGGUUCACAAACUGAUUUAGGUUUAAUUCCUGGAGGGAAAGUGAAGUUAGUACAUAGCUCUACUAUGGAAUUGAAUAACAGCCUUCUUCCAAAGGAUGUGCGCCAGAGAAUGCCCCAGACACUGAGUAUUAAAUUUCUGUCUUCUAAUCCUAAUCGUUUCAUUGUUGGAACAAACAUCGGGCUGGUAGGCCACGGUACAAGACAUGAUUUAAAAGUUUUUCCAAGGCUAUUCAGACCCCAGGAGAGUGGGCUGAGAUCAAUAAGCAUCAAUGCAAUUGAUUUCUUCCCUUUUGGAAAGCCACUAUUUUUGGCUGGCUGUUCAGAUGGAAGUAUUAGAUUACACCAAAUGACAUCAGAGUAUCCCCUCAUGCAGUGGAAUGACAGCACAAAUGGCCAGCCAAUUAUUGCCCUGCAGUGGGCUUUAACAAGACCCUCUGUGUUUUUUGUCCUGGAUGCAUCAUCUAAUAUUUAUGUUUGGGACCUUUUGGAAAAUGAUCUGUUUCCUGUGGCAAAGCAGACUAUUCCAUCAGAGAAUGUUGUAACUAUGGCUCUACUGGGAGAACCAGAAAAAACAAAUGGAUUGUUAGGCAUUGCACUGGCCGAAGAAUCUGGACAGAUAGACAUUCAAUAUGUAAAGAAGAAGUGGGCAUUACCUCAGCCUGAGGAAUCUGAAAAACUACAUUUGAUUUUAUUGCAGUCUUUUUAGAAACAGUACACCUAUCUGGGUGUACAAAUUAUUGCAAAAUAUUUAGAUUAUUUUUUACUGCAAUUAAAAGAUUUGUAAUGUGGUUUUGUAUUUCUAUGUAAUUUGUAUAUAUUUUAAAGAAUAUUAAUUCAGUAUUUCAGCUGAAAUGAUAUAUUUUAUCAUAAAAAUGACAGAACCAAUUUAGCAUUAUUGUACUUAAAAAAGAUGAAGUGUAUUUCAUUAUUGAAAGUACUCUAGAUGUAUAUAUUUUUAAAAAAAUACUGAAAAUAUAUUCCUAUAAAUUACACUGCUGUUUCUCAUUAUUCUGCUCUGAAGUAAAUGAAAGCAGUCCUUUGUCUGGUGAGCAUAAAGUUGUCCCUCUGUAUAAGCAACCGGAAUUUAUGGAGAUUUCUACCUCUGGGCCUUUUACACACUAACACUUGGUAAAACUUUCAUAUAUCUACCUAAAAAAAUGAUGCAAACAUACCAGAAUACAAAUUUACAUCACAUGAUAUCUUACUUCUGAUUUUGACCCUGAAACUUUGCAAAAGGAAUACCUGAAUAACUACAGUUGUCCUGAUUGUACACUACCUGUUUGGAUCAAACUAUGUAAACAAUAUGCUUGUGAGGUUAACCAAAAUUCUAAAUCCCUUUGGAUUUCCGAUGUAAACCAGAAAAUAAUGAGCUGUUUAAUCCUGCAAAUAAUUUCCAAAGCUCUUGUAGUGAGGAAGCGGAUAGCUGUCUAUAAUAUGAUACUAAUUUUCGUACACUAUUGGUAAAGUUUGGACCAAGACCGAGCACUGAGAAUGUCUUUAACUUUUGUAGCCUAACAACUUCUGAUUUAAAUAUCAUGAGGAAAACCAUGAUUAAAUGAGCACAGAUUCAUGGAAAAGAGGACAAUUGGAAGACAAUGUGUUCAGAAUUUAGUGAACAUAUAUUUAAGAUACGUACCGUCUCCUUCUACAAUGGACUGAAGUAAUCUGUAAAUUUUAAUUAAUUCAUUGCAAACGUUUUUCUAUGUAAAUUGCUACGUAAAUUGAACAAACUCAAAGUGGCCACAUGAUGGUGCCAAGUCACA